AUGGCGACGAUUGAAGACCUGAUUCCUCUUAUCUACCAUGAGCAGCAGGAGCCGGGAUCGAUGCUUUGUGCUCAGCAUGCCUUAAACUCGCUGCUACAGGGCAACUAUUUCACCGCACCGGAUCUGUCUACCAUCGCUCUAUCUCUAGACGAGCAGGAGGCGGCGUUUGACGAAGACAAUACUGGGCAGGCUAGCACCAACAUGGACGACACAGGCUUUUUCUCGGUACAAGUACUGGACAACGCGCUGCAGGUCUGGGGUCUCACUCUGGUCCACUGGCGCAGUGAACGCAUGCGGCCGUUCCAGCAAUAUCCACAUAUGCAGCUUGCAUUCAUCCUCAAUCUUCAACAGCACUGGUACACCCUGCGGCGCUUCGGCAUCGAUCCCCCUGAUCCUGACCACGUUGGGCACUGGUUCAACUUAAACUCGUUCCUACAGCAGCCGGAAUGGAUUUCAAAGCUUUAUCUGGACAUGGUACUGCAACAAGCAGAGACAGACGGGUACUCGGUGUUCGCGGUGGUGCAAGUAGACCCGGAUGCCCUGCUCGCUCUGCCCCGCACUUCCGCGGACCACCUUGCCGCGGUAAUCCCAGACCAGCCGAGCGUUCGCCCAUCUAGGACAGCAGGAUCAUCCUCGCAAGCUGCUCCGAGCGCGCAAAGUCUGGAAGGUUUCGAGGACGAAGACAUGGAGCUCCAGGCCGCUCUGCAAGCCUCGCUCAUGGGCAUGAACACUGAAUACGAGUACCCUCAUACUCACACCUCCGUCCCGGCGCCGCUGUCAUCCCUCCCCGGUAUCCCUUCGCGGGGCAUUUUCACCUCCACGCACCGCUUCGACCAGAAUGAACAAACACCACAGUUAGCGCCGCCGCCGCUCAUACCCAUCCAGGGUGACGACGAUGACGAGAUAGAGGCAGAGUCCGAGCCCGAGCAGUUGGAGGCCGUGAAUACCGACCCGGUCGCGGCGAGCAUGGCGCGCAACCGUGCCUUCCUGCAGGCAAUGCAGCGCGAGCAGGAGGCGGCGUUACAGGAGGGGUACCCGGCGCAGAUGGCACGCUUUCAGGCACGCCACACCGCAGAGCAGGAGGAAGAGGAGGAGAUGCUCCGCCGUGCGAUAGCGGAGAGCGAGGCGAUGGCCCGGGAGCGCAAGGAGGUGGCCGAGGACGAGCAGCAGGCACCGUCACAAUCUGCCUCUGCGUCGGUGUAUGACGAGCCUCGGGUAUACGACGACGAAGACGCGGAGCUGCAGGCGGCGCUAAAGGCUUCCCUCGAGAGCGUCCCCGAAGGCUUCACGAUGCCGGAGACACCGCCCCCACGGCCGCCCCAGUCAUUGCCGAGUGCGAGCACGUCGGCACCAGCUGCGCCGCCGCCGCCACUGCAGCGGGAACCUUCAACCAAGUCUGAGUCAGAGGGCUUCGAGACAGAGUCGGAGGCGGAAAUCGAACCGCCACAAGAGCAACUAAGCAUGGAAGAGAUUAGAAGGCGGCGGCUGGCGCGGUUUGGGGGUUGA